GUAUCGUACCGUACGGUACUCGUAGCCGUGCUUCGUCCAACCUGUGCGGCGGGACAUUCUCUUUUUGGGGCGAUAGACGGAAGCAUCGGAUCGCACUCGCACUCGCACUCGCACUCCACUCACUGCAUCUUUUCCAUCUAGUACCUGCCGCAGAACAAGAAAAACACCACGAACAACAAUGGCGUCGACGACAAAGAAAGCCUCCGUGAUGCUGGUCGGAUGCGGCCAGCCGAAAGGACCCAUCAAAUCCAUGGGGGCCUACCACGCGAUCCAGAUCCUCGACGACCGCGUUCCCGACGCCGAGCUUGCCCUGGUCGUCGAACCCUGGUACAUGUCGGAGGUUGCCAGGUCGAUGGAUCCCAAGCCGGCCGGAUUCGAUGAGUUCAACGCAUGGAAGGAAGAAAUGGAGACCGAGAAAGGGAUCGCCUUUUAUGCCACCGUGUCGGAGGUCCCCCCUCCGGGCGAGGACGAACUCCGGUUGGCGAUCAUCAGUGCCCGGACCGCCGACAAUCCGGCCCUCCUGGAAGCCUGCGUAAAGUCCGGAUGCACCGCGAUCUUUUUGGAAAAACCAGGGGCUACCACCGUCGGGGAGCUCGAGCGCAUGCGAGGCAUUGCGGAAGCUGCGAACGUUGGUGUUUUCAUGGGAUUCAACAAGAACGUUUCGAGCUACCUGACCAAAACGAGGGACUUUGUCGAGAAGUCGUCGAAAUGCGAUGUCACCUUUCUGCACAACAACAACUACAAGGACACGGAGGAAGAACUCUCCGAGUGCUUCGAGCGGAACUCGGAGGGGAUGCUCAAAAACAUGGCCAUCCACGAGCUUGCCAUUUGCGUCACCUAUUACGGUGUGACGGUCGACACGAUCGCAAAGGUCGAGGCCGACAAGGAAUAUUCCUGCCUCAAGACGCUCGGCAACUUCACCGAUUUUGUCCGGCUCAAAUUCAAGCUGGUCACUACCGAUGGAGUCGAGAUCAGCGUGGCGGCGGACCGGUGCGGUGGAGACGACUCGGUUGGUGCGUACAAUGCUGUUUCGACGAAUUCGAGGCAAUCGAUAAGAAUAGCGCCCAAUCGUUCGUACACGGUCGGAUUGACAAAUUGAUGCUGCAACAAGCAUCAGCGGCGAACAUUGAAGAAUACCAGCGCAUGCGAACUAACGAAAACCCGAUGACGAAUUGUUUCGUUUUUCUUUUUCUUUCCCUCCUUGCAACUGCUACACGUUUGAUGUUUUUGCAUGACCACAUCAAAACACAGGAAUCGUUACCGAUGCCGAAACAGGAAAGGAAAUGGCGCGCUUUGCAAUGCCGGAUGAGGAUACAAUCGCCAACAUUCCUUCUCUGCAAGAAAAAUACGGUGAUGCCAUGCCCUAUUUCUUCACGCAGGAUCCCGACUACCUGAAACUCAAAGAACUUGUUGUGGACGCGGUGGUCCACGGGCGUCCGGCUACCGGUGUUGCCGACAUUGGUGUUGCCAUUGAGACCCUCAAGGUCGCCGAGCACCUGACGCCGAUUCUACAGGAGCAACUCAAAUAAAAGUGACCCACAACACUACAUUCGAGACAAAGAACAGAAGACGUGAUGACUAAAUAAUUUGGUAACUA